AGCAAAGUCGACAAGGAACCAAAGAGUCAGUGUCAAAGUCAGGUUCAAAAUCAGGGUCAGAAUCAGACUCAAACUCAAACUGGUAAUGAUAGUGCUUACGAAGCUUGUCAAGAUAUGACUCCUGAAGAAUUACGGCGAAUAGCUGCUCAAGCAUAA